AUGAAUUUAGAUUGUAUUAAUGAUGUUGAUUUCUUUACUCAGAAAAUAAACGGAAGAUAUAGAAAUAUUAAUAGAAGACGUAUUGCAUUUAAGAUAUUCAUAUUUGGAUUAUUAGCAUUAACAUUAUCUUGUGUAAGUGCUUUAAUAUAUUCAGGUAUUUAUGAAAGAAAGUUUAGUUAUUCUAAUAAUCUUAAUAAAACAGUAAAUAUAAUUCCUAAUAAAGAAAUAUACUUUUAUAUUGGAACUGAUCUUAACCAAGCUAGACUUAACUUUAGUAAAAGUAUUAAUUAUGAUCAACUUAAGGGUGAAUCACGUGAUUUAGAUUUAUCAAGAACUAAACCACUAGAUCAGAGGAACGGUAAGGAUUACUAUCCAGCAGGUAAAUUACCAGCUUCUUUUUUUCAAGAUUCAAUUAAAAUAGAUGGAAUUGAUUUACCAGAAGGUGAUAUUACUUUUGAAGAUGAGAAAAGAAUAAUUGGAUUUACAGACUAUAAAAGAGAUGAGAUUAAUUUACCAACUGGGUGGUCUAGUAAAACUAACAAAAAUACAACUCCACUUAACUUCUCACCAGAAAGAUUUUCAACACUACCCAUCCUUAACACCAGAUUUAUUAAUUGGAUUAAUAUUGGUAGUUUUGUUGAUAGUAGAAAGUUAUGGGGUAAGUUUAUUUCUCCUUCUAAUAAGAUAAAUAUAUCAAUAAAGGGUGUGAAUAAUAGUUAUUUUAAAAAAAGAAAUAUACUUUUAACAGAUGGUAGUAUACUUGGAUUAAAAAAUUAUAUCUAUUCUGCUAUAUUAUUCUUUAUAUCGUUAUUAGCAUUUAUAAUUGCUUUUGUUGUAUUAAAUCAAAUUAUUUGA